UAGUAGUAAAUAGCAUUGUUAACAGGAGCAAUUUGCAAAAUCCCUGAAAUUGAAGGAUGAUGUGCGAAUAUUAGCCUGGACCACUGAAUCAGCCUGUUUUGCUAAUUCUAGUAACUGUAGGGAUCUUAGUGUAAAGAGACGAAGAGAUAAUGUUCUCUAUCGUGAUUCCCUACGUGGGCACAAAUCAAUCGAUUUGCUUCACAGAACCACCGCCUGGAUGGUUCGAGCCACGCCGGAGGGACACCACGAUGUUGGUCACCGCGGACCGCGCCGACAAAUCCGCGGGGUGGGGAGCAGCGUGCAGCGCCAUGUGGUCGCUCUCGCGGGCGUCACCAGUGGAGAAUCCUCACUGGUGAGAUGCAGGCCGUAAAGCAGCGCGGCCACGGCGAGGCGCGCGAGGGCGAGGCCUCGGCGCGGACAGGUGCAGCGGCGCCAAAGGCGCGGGCGGGCGCAGCGCGCGAGGGCGAGGGGGCCGGACGCGGUGCCGUUCGCGAGCCCGAGUGCCGCGGGGCUCCGUGAGCCGGAGCGGCCGGAGUGGCCGUUCGACGGAGUCGGGGACGGCAGGCGCGGCGGUGCGGCAGCGUCGCCCGGGACACGCGCGACCGUCGGCAACCUCUGGAGCGGCACGCCGGCUUCUGCUUCAACAACCGCUGGGGUCGGAGGCUGCAUCGGCGGAUCAUGACGGGAAAGUCCUACUGGUGCUAAAGUUCAUUUAAUCCAUGGGGCUAAAGUUCUUAUCCUGAUCACCGUGACCGUGGCCAUGCUCCGGAUGGUGCUCAGCGCCAGUCUCACGGUGGGUGUGCCGGCCGGAUCAUGGGACCUACAGACCAACUACACCAUGUGGGCUUUGAGAACUAGGUUUACCAUCGGCUAUGAGUUCCAGUUUCAGUACUCCACCACCGUGCACAAUGUGGUGGAGGUGAGAAAGGCUGGGUACGACGCCUACAACAGCUCCAGCCCCAUCGCGAUGUUCCUAACCAGCAACGAUGUCGUCCCACUUGCAGCCAUUGGGAUGCGGUACUUCAUUUGCGGCGUCCUAGGGCAUCGCGUCGCCGGUAUGAAGGUUCAAGUCAACGUGAAGUCGAAGGCAGUGUGGACAGUACGACGGUGCCGAGGGAUGGGGAAGCGGCUCCGGUGCCGGUCCGAGACUAUCUUAAGCUCGGCCAUGACGGCUGGUAUUGAUCAGUCUGCGAUGGCGCGACUAGGUCUGGCCUUUGUCGCGGCUGGUCUCGUGUUGUUCUAUUAGUGAUCGUCGAUAAUGGUGCUUUUUUCUUCUUAACGCGAUGCGCAUGCGUAUUUGUGUAUUAUAAAUUAAUUCUUUUGUUAAAUGUAAUUUCUUCCAUUAUAAUUGGAUUUAACUUAUAUUCUU